AUGGCCUUCCGACCAGCAUCACGAGUAGGCUUUCGACGACCAUGGAUCUCGCGAGCGGCCUACACGUCGGCCAUCGCGCUGCAGGUCGCAUGUACUGCCCAUCUGAUCAACGAGCAUGUCUUCGAGAUCCGCAAUUCUACAGGUGCAUCGAUGCUACCUACGCUGGCGCCCGAGGGGGAUUUCCUGCUGCAGCUGCGGCUGCCGUUUGCGCGCUUUCUCGCUUCCCUUCGCGAUCUCACUUCGAGCAAAGAACAGACCGACGAAGAGGGCGCACAUCCAUAUCGCAGCGGGAAGGGCAGGAUAGGCGGGCCGACGUUUAGCAAGACCGACCAGGCGCAGGGGACAGGCUUGAAGGUGGGCGAUCUGGUCGUGGCAUUAUCGCCGUUUGACCCGAGUCGAACGGUGUGCAAGAGGGUGAUUGGGUUGCCAGGGGACACAGUGGCGCUGGAUCCGAGGAUGAGGCCGUUGCCGAUGCAUGCGUGGAGGGGCCGCAAGGCGGAACCGAGGCCAGAAGGGGGGAAUAAGGACGACAAAUUGGACAGCAGGAUGGUCAAGUUUGAAGACUUGCUCGCGUCCGUUGGCGAACCGGUCGAGCCAGGAUCGAGACGCAGCACCACCAUGAACAAUUCCGACGUCGACCUGCUCAAAAGCAUGGAUACGGACGCACCACACUCGCGCGAAGACGACACGCAAAGACACAACUCAGCCGCCGCCACAGAGAUCUCCAAUACGUACAUACGGUCCAAGGGCGAUGUUCAGUAUGUCACCGUGCCGCUGGGGCAUGUGUGGCUGGCGGGCGACAAUAUGGGCAACUCGACGGAUAGCAGGCAUUACGGACCUGUACCGCUGGGUAUGGUGAGGGGCAAGGUGCUCGCUAGGGUGUAUCCGAAUCCGCGGUGGUUGACGAACAAUCUCAGUUUCGUUGAUUGA